AUGUCGCGCCCCUGUCAGGGCCGUGCCGCGAUCGUCGCCGGCGCCACCCGCGGCAUUGGCCGCGCCACCGCCCUCCAACUGGUCUCCCUAGGCGCCUCCAUCACCCUAGUCUUCUAUUCCAGAUCCGUUGAAGCCGAGCGCCUCGCUGCAGAAAUCAAUUCUUCUUCCUCAGUCUCCAUUAUCCGCGCCAUCACCAUCCGCGCUGAUGUUUCCGAUCCUAUCGCUGUCCGCUCAGUCUUCGAUCUCACCGAAAAAACCUUCAAAUCCCCCCCACACAUUGUCGUGCACUCCGCUGCCAUCUUCGAUCGCAAAUACCAGUCCAUGUCCUCCACCCCUCAAGCUAUAUUCGACUCAAUCAUGUCAGUCAAUGCACAAGGCGCCUUCCACGUGUUUCAAGAAGCAGCCAAUCGAGCAAAGCUGCCUCCUUGCUAUGAAUUGUUGUCAAGCUGGCUGUUUGAGUUCUUAUCUCACAAACAACUUGAAUGA